AUGAGAACUGGGCUGCUGCUCUUUUGGCUGGCCUUGGCCAGCCUUUGCCGCACGGAAGCCGACAUUCCCAUUCAGCCUGACGUAGAUGUGGAGAAGCUCAAGGGAAGAUGGUAUCCUGUUCAGCUGGUAAUGAAUUUUGGGGAGGUGAACAAGAUGGCUGCAGUAGGAAGAGACAUCACACCUCUGGACAGCGAAAGUUUGAACGUCAAAGUGGAGUUCAUCUUUGAUGGAGAGUGUUUCAAGGAGAACUUCAUCCUCAGGCAGACUGAACAGCCCGGGAUAUUUACAGGUGGGAAUAGCACCGUUCGCUUUGUGGAGUGUGAUUACGAGGCCUCCUGCAUUUACUACGCUACAAGACAGCAGCUCCAAGUUCUCCAGAUGGAAAGCAGGCUCAGAGAGCCCUCAGACGACAGCAAAGAAAAGUUCAAGAAGAUGGCUGAGAGACUGGGAUUCUCCCCAGAGAAGAUCGUGGACAUUCCUCAAGCUGAGCAAUGCCCGUAA